ACGACAUCGUUUCUUUCACCUCCCACCUACCCAACCCAACAACUCCUCUCCUCUUUCUUCCUCCCCAUCCACGAACCAGGUCCUCGCAAUGCUCAACAACCUGCGUUCACAAGCUCUUGCUCGUUCUCUGACCCGAAUCCGAAUCGGGACGACAUGUCAUCCACUGCUUCAAGUUCAUUCUCUCUUUCUAUCGCCAAGCCCUCAUCUUUCCACAGGCCAGGUUUCUACUUCGGGCUUCGGCUCCCCAACUCAAUCUCCAUGAGCUCAGAGGGAUUUGUGCCUCGGAGUUCUGUCGAGUUGAAUCGAAGCGGGUUGAGAGUGAGCCAGACGAGGUCGCCGAUACGCGCGAGCGCGGCGACGCAAGUGAUGGAUCUGUCUGUUGGCGAAACGGGCUUUAAGGCUCCCACGAUUGUCGAGGUCGAUUUAGGGGACCGGAGCUACCCGAUUUACAUUGGAUCCAGCCUUCUUCAUCAACCCGAACUGCUCCAAAAGCAUGUUCAUGGGAAGAAAGUUCUUAUUGUCACUAACAACACAGUUGCGCCUCUAUACCUGGAUAAAGUUGUUGAUGCCUUAACUACAGGGAACCCUAAUGUUUCAGUCGAGCAUGUGAUUUUACCCGAUGGCGAGAAGUACAAGGACAUGGACACUCUUAUGAAAGUCUUUGACAAAGCCAUCGAAUCAAGAUUAGACAGGCGAUGUACAUUUGUUGCCCUUGGAGGUGGUGUGAUUGGCGACAUGUGUGGUUAUGCAGCAGCUUCUUUUCUCCGUGGUGUUAAUUUCAUUCAGAUUCCUACAACUGUUAUGGCACAGGUAGAUUCAUCUGUUGGCGGUAAAACUGGCAUAAACCACCGCCUUGGGAAGAACUUGAUUGGUGCAUUUUACCAACCUCAAUGUGUCCUUAUAGAUACUGAUAUGUUAAACACACUGCCAGAUAGGGAAUUGGCCUCAGGGUUUGCAGAGGUUGUUAAGUAUGGACUUAUUCGGGAUGCUGAAUUCUUCGAGUGGCUGGAGAAAAAUAUGCAAGCAUUGAUGGCAAGAGAUCCAAGUGCUCUGGCUUAUGCUAUAAAGCGUUCAUGUGAAAACAAGGCAGAGGUGGUUUCAUUAGAUGAGAAAGAAAGUGGGCUCAGAGCGACACUGAACUUGGGUCACACAUUUGGCCAUGCAAUAGAAACUGGAUUUGGAUAUGGACAAUGGCUUCAUGGAGAAGCUGUUGCAGCUGGCACGGUUAUGGCUGUUGACAUGUCCUACCGCCUUAGUUGGAUUGAUAAAUCAAUUGUGAAACGAGUUCAUGACAUUCUAAAUCAGGCUAAAUUACCCACCACCCUCCCAGAAACAAUGACUGUGGAGAUGUUCAAUUCUGUCAUGGCCGUUGACAAGAAGGUUGCUGAUGGGCUGCUAAGGCUUAUCCUUCUGAAAGGUCCUCUAGGCAAUUGCGUUUUCACAGGCGACUACGAUAGAAAGGCCCUGGAUGACACUCUCCAUGCAUUUUGCAAGUCCUGAUUGGGAUCCACUGAUGUCUGUUUAUUGCAGCUGCAUAUACAAUUGUUGUACUAGAUUUUUGUGUUGUUAUGCUAGCUGGUAAUGCCCUUAAUUUUGAUGCCUUGUUCUUCCUAGAUUCUUUUGCCAAAUGCAUCGGCCAAGUUGUAACUUAAGAAAUAAUGGCUCAGUCAAUAAAUGUAUUUAUUUCCAACUA